UACACACUUCCCUAUGCAAUAAACAAAAGUGACUUAUAUUAUCUGCAAUUCUCAAAAGUCGUGUUGCUUAAAGCACUGAACAGUAGAAUUUGGAGCUCGUCGGCUAUGGAGUUUGAGGUGAGAGUCGUCGGCGGGAUCGAGAGCUGCUUCGUCUCUCUUCCUCUCCCACUUAUCCAGACGCUCCAGUCCAGUUACCUUCCUCCAAUUCUCGCAGUCGAGCUCAGGUGCGACGCGCGCCUCUGGCAGGUGGCUUGGUGCGGCGCAGCCUCCUCCUCCUCCCCUUAUUCAAUUGAGAUUGCUCGUCAGUAUGCCGAUUGCAUUGGAUUGGGUGACCGGACUGUGGUUAAAGUGAGGGUGGUUAGUAAUUUGCCCAAGGCAACACUGGUGACGAUCGAGCCGCUAACUGAGGAUGAUUGGGAGAUUUUGGAGCUCAAUUCUGAGCUUGCUGAGAACGCUAUUUUGAAGCAGGUGGGAAUUGUCCAUGAAGAAAUGAGAUUCCCAUUGUGGUUGCAUGGACAAACAGUUGUCAUGUUUCAUGUCAUGUCAACCUUUCCCCCGAAAACAGUAGGCAUCACAACUAAGCUGCGAUGUUAUUUUCUUGCUUCCAGAAAGAUUUUCUUAAUGGAACUUGUGCUUAACAGAAUGUUACUUUCUUGUAUCCUUCACCUGACUUGUAAAAAAAUUUCAGUCCAACUUGUGCCCGGAACAGAGGUUGCAGUAGCUCCAAAAAGACGCAGAAGUCCAUCUGUACAAUGUUCAGAGGAGGAUUGUCAAAUUUCAAAAGCACAGUUGCGAGUUCAAGAUGCAGACAGUAUAUUCAGUUACAGAUGUGAGGAGAAUGGUGUUACAACGAAUGUAAUGUUCACUUCUGGUGCAUUCGUCCAUCCAGAAACAGCCAACAAAUAUUCACUCAGUUCACUUCAGUUUGUAGUGAUAUCUCCUCGAUUAGUAUUAGAAAGGAUCAAGAAAAAGCACCAAUCUAAAAACAAUGGAACUGAAAAGGAAGCUAGUAAUGGUGACCUCACUGAUAAUCAGGGUAGUCAUCAAGUGGUGGUUCGUAUUUUGUUGUCCGAGGGGGUGGCAAAAGGACACAUUAUGCUAUCUGAAUCUCUUCGUCUCUAUUUGGGAGCAGAACUACACACUUGGGUACAUGUUAAAAGGAGCACCGUUAGCAUAAAGAAAGAAAUUCCUCAAGUUUCAGUUUCACCUUACCAUUUUAAGUUCUUCCAAAAGAGCGAGGUCUCUGAGGAUAGUGGUGCAGAAGUUUCUAACAACCUUGAAAACUAUAAAUCAAAAGACGUGCUUCAAAGAUUUGGCCCGCUUACUGAAAUGGGUAUUGGUGAUUGGUCUGUGCAUGAUAAGAUUGUCAGAUCUCUUUCUUCUGUAUCGUUCACUGAUGGGGGUAAGGAAACAACUACUAAGACUGGAAAUGCAAAUGCGAAGGUUGUCUCCGGAACUGGUUUAUCACCUCUUCUACGUCUGUGGUGUCUAGCUCAGAUUGAGAUUGUUGUUUCAAAUUCAUCAGAGGCUGUAAAUUCAUUGGUUAUAGGAAGCAAAACUUUACUACAUUUCAAAAUCAGAGAUCAGAGAUUGGAUAGACAUGGCAAGGCAAAAACAUCUAUUAAAAAAUUGUCCAGAAACCGAAACCAAGCUGAAGAACCAUCAGUCGACAUCCUCUAUAUUUUGUCACUGUCUGAGGAAUCUCAACGGGAUAAAGAUAUGAAUGUGUAUGAACUUGCUUUUGAGAAUAGCAGCAGGAAAGAUUAUUCUUCAAGAAGUUUGGAUGUUAUGCUAAGAAAGAUGCAGCUUGGUGAUAUCUUAUUCUCUCAUGCAAAACAUGAGGCACCCUCUGACCAUGUCCUAAGUGCUGCAAUUUCUUCAUUGGAUUGGAUGGGUACAGUCCCGGCUGAUGUAAGCUACAGGUUGACAGCUUUGCUAUCUCCUUAUGGAAUGUUGUUCAGUAGCUAUGAUAUUCCUUUGCCUGGGCAUAUUCUAAUUUGUGGACCUUCAGGUUCUGGGAAAACUCUGUUGGCUAAAGUCUCCGCAAAAUCUGUUGAAGCAUGUGAACAAAUUUUGGCACACAUAGUUUUUGUAUCUUGUUCGAAACUCACUUUGGAGAAGCCUUCAACUAUCCAUCAAGCACUCUCUAGGUAUAUCUCAGAAGCUCUUGAUCAUGCUCCCUCUCUCGUUAUCUUGGAUGAUCUUGAUAGCCUCUUUGCACCUUCCUCGGAUUUAGAGGGAUCUCAACCUUCACCGUCCUCUGCAGCACUGGUUGAGUUUCUUGCUGAUAUAUUGGAUGAAUAUGAGGCAAGACUUCAUGAAAAGCGUAGGAGCUUCUGUGGAAUUGGCCCCAUAGCAUUCAUUGCUACAGUGCAACAACUGACUAGUUUUCCACAGAGCUUGAGCUCUUCUGGAAGAUUUGACUUUCAUGUCAAUCUGCCUGCACCUGCUGCUGCUGAACGUUCUGGUAUGUUAAGAAAUGAGAUCCAAAAACGGUCCUUGCGAUGUCCUGAUGAUCUUUUGUUAGAUAUAGCAUCAAAGUGUGAUGGAUAUGAUGCUUACGAUCUGGAAAUACUGGUCGACAGAACUGUUCAUUCCGCAAUCAGUCGCUCAUUAUCUUCUGAUUUGGGCUCUGGAAGAGAUGAGAAACCUACUCUGGUCAAGGAUGACUUUCUGCAAGCAAUGCAAGAUUUUCUUCCUGUUGCCAUGCGUGACAUCACUAAACCGGCUAACGAAGGUGGCCGCUCUGGUUGGGAGGAUGUUGGAGGUCUUGAUGAUAUUCGGAAUUCUAUUAAGGAGGUUCACAGUUAA